CUGUAGAUAAUAUUAAAUUGAAGUAUGCCAAAUUCUGUUCAUUAGCCAAAAUUUCUCCACUGUAUCCUGAAGCAGAAAAACUUGAAUUUUAAUGUAAUAAUGGCGGAAUACCACAAUUAUUUUGAAAAGACAUUGGAUUUUAUUAAUAGAUAUAAAAAAUUAAUAGAUUGUCAUUUGGUUGAUUUUAUUACUGAAAAAUUAUGGGACAAGUGUUUACCAGAAAAGCUUAAAUCAGAGCUUGAAAGUAUUGAUACAAACGAUGAUAUUUGGACAGAAAACAACAUAAGCUCGGAAUUAAAUAAUUUUAUACAAUUAACAAAAUCACUUUCUUUAGAAUCGUGUCCUGCUGUUAUAUGCGUAAACAAUUUGCCAAAAUUGUUACCACAAUUUUUCAACCAAGAACAAUUGGUUAAAAACCAAUUUAACCAUGCAACAUCCGAAUUUAUGAGUACCAAGAAAUCAUAUGAAAUUGAAGUUCUUGGAAAAGUUAUUGCUGAAAUGGCACUUUCUACUAACAGUUUAGUAAUAGAUGCUGGAGCUGGAAAAGCAUACUUGUCAACAUAUUUAUCAGAACAUUUCAAUGUUCCUGUCUUAGCAAUUGAUUCAUCGCAAGUUUGUCACAAAGGUGCAAUAAAUCGUCAAGAAAAGAUUAAAAAAAAGAGACAAUCGUCCCUAAAGGUUCGAUACAUAGUUCAAGAAUUAAAUGAUAUGACUAAUUAUAAUGAAAUGGUGAAUACAUAUUAUCCUAAUUGGAGUUUAAACAAAAAUCUCAUUUUGACAGGAUUACAUACCUGUGGAGGACUUGUACAUUCUGUAAUUAAAACCUUCUUAUGUUCAAAAGAUAUUAAUUUGCUUUUUGUAGUCCCAUGUUGUUACCAUCUAGCAGAUGAAUCAUUGAGUGGACGUUGGAAUUUUUCUAAAAAUGCUAGAAUGUUGGCUCAACAAUCUAUUGAAAGGAGUAAACAUAAUAAACAACUUUCUCCUUCAUUAUUUUACAGAGCUGUGCUACAAGUUAUCCUGCAUUCUAUGGGCUAUUACAACACUAAAGUAGGUCGUAAUGGUCCAGUGGAUAAUUUUGUGAAUUAUGCAAAAUGGGCUCUAUCCAAAAUUGGAGUAGAUAAUAAACAGAUACCUUCUAUCACUGUUCUACAGGAAAUAUAUGAGAACCAUGUACAUUUUGAACAAAAGUUGCAUAUCUUUCAAACGUUAAGAAUAUAUAUGAGUUCAGUGGUGGAGGCAGCUAUUAUGUUGGAUAGAAUAAUAUUUCUGCAAAAUAAUACCGAGAGUUCUAAGAUUGCUAUAGUACGCUUGUUUGAUCCAACACUCUCACCCAGAUGUUAUGCAAUAAUGGCAACAAAAUAAUCCAUGACAGAUGAAUAUCCUUCUUCCUGUGCAGUGGGGGCUAAAAUUCCUGUAGGGCGAAGUCCAUUUCUGGUUCGACAUAUACUACAAUUACAUAAGCCUCUACAAGGUGGACAAGCCCAGUCCUAAAAAAUUGCAAGUAUUAUGGGAAAUGUUCAUGAGUAAUAAGAUAUAAUUUUUAUAUAAAAUACAAUAAAAUUGUAUAAAAUAUAACCAAA